CUUGCAUAUUUGCUCCUCCGGCGAGUAAAUGAUUCUAGUGUAGCGAGCCAGCAACUUCUUCUCCGGACCGCCGCCUCGAUCUGCCUUUAUCUUUGGGUCAGCAGCUGCAUCGAUCAUCGUCCUCCACUCAUAAGUCGUCAGUCCACGCGUCUUCUGUUUUUAAUCGCUUGAGCUUCGCCCCUUCUCACCUUUAAUUUGUUUCUGGCUCCUCCCUCACGCACAGUGCAUUGCAAAUUGACCACAUCUUCUGAUGCGCACAACCUGUUCGAUAAAAUGCUGAAGAGAGCAAUAGCGAGAGAAAACUACACUUCUACUUUCAGACAUCAUCAGAAGCGAACUCUCGUAAACGCAAAGGUGAAAUGGGUAAAAGACAGUGUCUUAGACAGGGCAGUAGCCGGUGGGAGAGAACUCCAGGCCGCCUCUAUUCUUCUUUCCCUCAUUGGCUCAGACCCCCACCAUUGGCUUCCCAUUUAUCAUCUCCGUCGCUAUCGCGGCCAGCUUGGCCUCCCUCUUCACCUCAAACUUUCCGUUUUUCUUAGACGAUACCCCAGCAUUUUCCAGGAGUUCUACCGUCGUGAUACCGGAGGAACUCCGGUUCCUUGCUUCAGAUUAACUUCCCAGGCACUAGAGCUUCACCAAGAAGAAGCUGAGAUACGCAGAGAGUGUCAUACAGAUAUAGUUAACAGGUUGAGGAAGCUUCUUAUGCUCACCAAGGAAAGAAUGCUUCCUCUGCAAACACUUGAUCAGCUGAAGUGGGAUAUGGGUUUGCCGAGUGAUUACCAGAGAUUGUUUACCAACAACUCCUCUUCAGAUUUGUUUUCUUUUGUUCGUCUUUGCGAUGAUCGUUUGGGACUAAAGCUAUUACUUUGGGAUGAUCGAUUAGCGGUUUCCCAUUUAGAAAUGAAUUCUGUGAUGAAGAAUGGAGCAUUGGCUUUUCCCAUUGGAUUCCCAAGGGGUUUUGGGUUGAAAAGGAAGUUUAUGGAGUGGUUGGAGGAGUGGCAAAAGCUGCCUUAUACUUCUCCUUUUGCAGUAGAUUUGGCCUCGCGUUUGGAUCCCCGCACUGAUGUUUCAGAGAAGAGAAUUGUGGGAGUGUUUCAUGAGCUUUUGCACCUUACAUUACAGAAGAGGACAGAGAGGAAGAAUGUGAGCAAUCUUCGUAAACCGUUGGGAUUGCCCCAAAAAUUCACCAAAGUGUUUGAGAGGCAUCCUGGGAUUUUUUACAUUUCUAAAAAGGGUGACACCCAAACUGUUGUCCUCAGAGAGGCUUAUGAUCACAGUCAACUCAUUGAGAAGCACCCCCUUGUUGGUUUGAGGGAUAAAUUAGCAAGUAUGAUGAAUCAAGGGUUUUUGGAUCGUAGUCGGGGUUUGUAUAACAAGGAAACCAAAGGAGGCUUUGAGGAAGAUUCAUUAACAAGUUGUUUUGUUGGUGAAAGAACUAGAUAUGCAUCUGAUGAAGACUCAGAUUUUAAUCUCCUUUCUGAAUAUGAAUCAGACUAAACCAUAUGACAUUGUGAAGUAAUAACUGCAGCCUGACAUGAUUGAAUGCUACAUGAUGAAUAAGUACAUUGUUUCUUAUCCAUAUGACAAUGGGGUUCUGAUAGCAAAUGGCGUGUUACUUUCAAUCACCUGAGCUCUCAUGGUCAUGAUUUUUUGGAGGGACAAAUGUCGCGAGGUGCUUUUUCAAGUAAAAGUAGCAAGAUAUCCGGAUUUAAGUGAGAGAGCUGGUGGAAAUAAGUCAUUCUGGAUAGUUGAUUCCUAACAGGAAAAUACUACUUGGACUCCCUAACAUGGCAAGGUACUUCUUGGUUACAGUCAAAGCAAUAAUUUAGAGAUUGCAGCAAGGCAUUGCUUUGAGUGGCAUCUUUGAUGGAAAGGUAUUUACACAGUUAUCAUGUUCCAAUUAGGCAUGAGAAGUUCAAUAAUCAACACUUUGAAUGUAAAGAACACACAGUUUUUAUGUAUUUGACUAUUUGAGUGUUGGAUAUUUGGUGUAUUUUUAUAA